GGGGGCACUGCUGCUCCUUCCUCUCACACAAACAGCGGCUAACGCUAACUAGCUCACGAUGGCCGGACAGGAGGAUCCAGUGCAAAGGGAAAUUCACCAAGACUGGGCGAACCGUGAAUAUAUCGAAGUGAUCACCAGCAGCAUUAAGAAAAUAGCCGAUUUCCUCAAUUCCUUCGAUAUGUCCUGCAGGUCUCGUUUAGCCACUUUGAAUGAGAAGCUCACUGCUUUGGAGAGGAGGAUUGAGUACAUUGAAGCCAGAGUCACAAAAGGGGAAACCUUGACUUAAACAUCGUCCCGGGUCGAUGCCGAGGUCAAGAUGAUGGCUACGAACACUCACCUCCUGUCUUUAUCAUUUACUUUAAUUAUUCAAACAAAAAUUCUAUUGGUUGGCUAUUGUAGAUCAGUUAAUUUCUGUAUGGGACCAUUGUGAUGACGUCUAUGCUAAAACAGAUAUUUGUUCUUCCUCAUUUCAUGCCUGAUUAUGGCUGAGGUUAUACUGUAUCUGGUCCUCCAUUUUUUUUUUUUUUAAUUUUUUUUUUUUUUUUUAAUCUGUCAGGCAACCCAUUACUGUCUCUGUGGUGCUUGUUCAUGCAAACAGCCCAAUGUUGUAUUUCGUUUGGUUCUGACCUGCUAUUAAACAACAGUUGAGCUAACUUUGACACUCCAUGCAAAAUAUAUUAACGGUCAUGCAAAUAUAGAUUGAAAUAACCAUGGAUAAACAGUAAUUAUGCCUUGUUUUUAUUAUUGAGAACUAAUUAUUUUUUGAGUUUUGAUUUACCCUCCUGUGUUUUACCAGAGUCUAUUCUGUUCUUGUUAAAUUACAAAAGGAUGUUUAAAAUACAUUGCUGCCUGCUGUACAUUUAUCAUGCAGCAAACAUCAUGAGAAAUGUUUGUUAGAGGUGGGGGUGGAUGGAAAGCACUAAAGUGCCAAUCAGACUGUUUUAAAGUGUUUAGUGCUUCUCUCUAGCUACACAAUUUUAUGUCUAAGUGUCUGUUAUGAUGUUUUUGUGGUUAAACAUUGAAUAAAAACUCAGUUAAAUGGU